GGUACAAAAGAAAACAAAAAAAUUUCAGAAUUCCGAACUCUGGCUCUCACCUGUUGCUCUCACUUUCCCGCCGUCGGAUUAUACUUCGGUACAUCUCUGACCGUAGAUCGAGGGUUUUAUCCAGAAUCACCCCCGUCGUCGCCGGCGGAGAUGAUAAAAGUAGAGCCGCCAAACGAGGAAUAAUCUGGGACCCUCUCCAGAACUCACUCAUUUGGAUCUGGGACUCACGUUCGUCGGAUCUUUGUUACGCUGAUUAUCGACUGCAAAAACCCUACACUUCCCGACGAAACGACCGCUUCAGAUAUUUAGGACAUUUUCGGUGAAGAAGUGGGUUCUUGCGCCAUGGUAGAUUGUUUGUUUUGGUUUUUAUGUGAUUGGAGCUUUCUUUGGUUGCGAAGAAAUACUCGGGGUACAGCUAAAGGAAUGAACGGUUCUUAGAUUGUGUAGAUAUCAUAUUUUUAAUAUUGAAAAACAUGGCAUCAAAAGGUCCCAGGUUUAAACUUGAUCAUGAGACAAGAGCCAAGCGUCAAAAGACACAGGAAGCUCCAAGAGAACCUAAUCGACCUAAAACACAUUGGGAUCAUGUUUUAGAAGAGAUGGUUUGGCUUUCGAAGGACUUUGAGUCUGAGCGGAAAUGGAAAUUAGCUCAGGCAAAAAAGGUUGCUCUAAGAGCUAGCAAAGGCAUGAUUGAUCAAGCUACACGGGAAGAAAGGAAGUUGAAGGAAGAAGAGCAGCGGUUGAGAAAACUUGCUCUCAAUAUUUCAAAGGAUGUAAAGAAGUUCUGGAUGAAAAUAGAAAAGCUGGUGCUUUACAAGCAUCAGAUGGAGCUUGAUGAGAAAAAGAAAAAGGCGCUUGACAAACACCUCGAGUUUCUUUUAGGGCAAACAGAAAGGUACUCAACAAUGCUGGCAGAAAAUCUUGUGGAAACUUAUAAACCAUCGCAGGUGGAUUCUACACAUGAGCCACACAAUGUUCACUUACAAGAAAUGGAUGAAAAUAAAGCUGUUGAAACCACAGAGUUAAAUGUUGAACACGAGGCAGACUCUGUGGACUUUGAUGAAGAAUUUGAUGUAAGAUCAGAUGACGAAUCAGAAGAUAACGAGCAGACCAUAGAUGAAGAUGAGGCUCUGAUAACUGAAGAAGAAAGGCAAGAAGAACUGGAAGCCUUGCAAAAUGAAGUGGAUCUUCCUCUUGAAGAGCUUCUUAAAAGAUAUGCACGAGAGAAAGAUGAUUUAGAAGUUAGUCCUGAAACGAGUACAGCAGGAACUGAAGAGACAGAAGUAGAAGAAAAUCAUGAAAGAGGGAAUGAGUGUUCUACGUCGCAUAAGGUUGAUGAAAUGGACUCACUUAGUUUUGCCGGUCGUCGUUGUAAUCAAAGCAAUGGGGAAUCAUCUUGUGUAGAAAAUCAUAUGAAAAGAGAGACUUGUCGAACAAAACGUCCAUCCAUGCUACCGAUGGAGUUUCCCAAGGAUGAUGCAUUUUAUGAUUUCAGUGAAGAACGUGAAGAUGAUGAUUAUGAUGUUGCUGGUGGAGAAGAAAAGGAUGAUGAAGCAACUUUAUCAGAGGAGGAGAAACUAGAAAAAGUUGAUUCAAACAAUGCCGAUGAUGAGAUUUUAAUGCUGCGAAAUGAGAGUGAAAUACCUAUAGAAGAACUGCUUGCAAGGUAUGGAAAGGGUCCCAACAAUGGUUAUGAUUCAGAUUAUGAAGAUGAAAAUGCUUCUGCUUUGUCAGACGACCUUGUGGAUUCUUCAUCUUAUGAAGAAAUUGAGCCAAAGCCCCUCAAUGUCUGUGUGCAUGAAAAUAUUGACCCCGGUAAAUCUCAUUCAUCUGCAAGUUCACCUCCGGAGAGGAAAGGAUCAUUAGAAAACUCUGAAGAAAGGGAGAGUGAGGACAGAAUUUUUGAUGCUGCAGCAGCAGCACGAUCUGCACAACCUACUGGGAACACAUUUUCCACAACUAAAGUGCGUACAAAAUUCCCUUUCCUUCUUAAGCACUCCCUACGUGAAUAUCAACAUAUUGGCUUGGAUUGGCUUGUGACCAUGUAUGAGAAAAGACUAAAUGGGAUUCUUGCUGACGAAAUGGGGCUUGGGAAGACAAUCAUGACCAUUGCCUUGCUUGCUCAUCUUGCUUGUGAAAAGGGAAUAUGGGGUCCCCAUCUUAUUGUGGUCCCAACAAGUGUCAUGCUUAAUUGGGAGACUGAAUUUCUUAAGUGGUGUCCUGCUUUUAAAAUUUUAACUUACUUUGGAAGUGCAAAAGAGCGCAAGUUUAAGAGGCAAGGGUGGAUGAAACUGAACUCAUUUCAUGUAUGCAUAACGACUUACAGGUUGGUUAUCCAGGAUUCUAAAGUUUUCAAACGCAAGAAGUGGAAGUAUCUAAUACUAGAUGAAGCUCAUCUAAUUAAGAAUUGGAAGUCACAAAGAUGGCAAACUCUUUUGAACUUCAAUUCCAAGCGACGAAUUUUAUUAACUGGUACCCCGCUUCAAAAUGAUCUGAUGGAGCUCUGGUCCUUGAUGCACUUUUUGAUGCCCCAUAUUUUUCAGUCUCAUCAAGAAUUCAAGGAUUGGUUUUGCAAUCCAAUUUCAGGAAUGGUGGAGGGGCAAGAAAAAGUGAAUAAGGAAGUUCUUGAUCGUCUGCAUAAUGUUCUCCGCCCCUUUAUACUUCGUAGGCUGAAAAGAGAUGUAGAGAAGCAGCUCCCAAAGAAAUAUGAGCAUGUUUUGAACUGUAGAUUGUCUAGAAGGCAGCGUCAUUUAUAUGAGGACUAUAUUGCUAGUUCAGAAACACAAGCUACUCUUGCCAGUGGCAAUUUCUUUAGUAUGAUUAACGUUAUUAUGCAGCUUAGGAAAGUUUGUAAUCAUCCUGAUUUGUUUGAGGGUCGUCCAAUCAUCAGUUCUUUUGAUAUGGCGGGUAUAGUCAUGCAGUUGAGUUCAUCUGUAUGUUCUGCAUUAUCACCUGACCUAUUUUCUAGAGUUGACCUUAAGGGUUUAGGAUUUUUAUUCACUCAUCAUGACUUUAGCAUGACUUCAUGGGAGAGAGAUGAAGUUAGAGCUAUUGCUACCCCAUCAAAUUUAAUUAAGUGCUCUACCAAUGUGAAUAAAUCUGAGGAAAUUGGAUCUGGAUUUAGAUAUCGGAAGAGAUUGCAUGGAUCAAGUAUUUUUGCAGACAUUCAAAAUGCAAUUAUGGAGGAAAGAGUAAGGCAGGCAAUGGAACGAGCAGAAGCUAUAGCUUGGUGGAAUUCCUUGAAAUGUGACAAAAAGCCAAUUUAUUCGGCAUCCCUCAGGGAUUUAGUGACGAUAAGGCAUCCCGUCUAUGAUAUAUACCAUGAGAAGGCGAACCCUUCAUCCUAUUGUUAUUCCUCAAAAAUUGCUGACAUUGUCCUUUCACCAGUGGAACGUUUCCAGAUGAUGAUGGGCUUAGUUGAAAGCUUUACCUUUGCAAUACCAGCAGCACGGGCCCCUCCACCUUUGUGCUGGUGCAGUGGAAGCCGUUCUGAUGUGUUUAUGCAUCCUUCUUAUGUGCAAAACUGCUCCCGACUCCUGUUUCCCCUUCUAACUCCAAUCAGAUCUGCAAUUAUUCGGAGGCAAGUGUAUUUUCCAGACAGGAGGCUGAUACAAUUUGACUGUGGAAAAUUGCAGGAACUUGCUAUUCUACUCAGGAAACUAAAAUCUGAAGGUCACCGUGCAUUAAUAUUCACCCAAAUGACAAAGAUGCUUGAUAUCUUGGAGGCUUUCAUCAAUCUGUACGGUUACACUUACAUGCGUCUGGAUGGAUCCACUCAGCCUGAGGAGAGACAGACAUUAAUGCAAAGAUUUAACACCAACCCAAAAUUUUUCCUUUUCAUUUUAUCGACUCGUAGUGGGGGUGUAGGUAUUAAUCUUGUUGGUGCGGAUACUGUUAUCUUUUACGAUAGUGAUUGGAACCCUGCUAUGGAUCAACAAGCUCAAGAUCGCUGUCACCGCAUAGGACAGACGCGUGAAGUCCAUAUAUAUCGCCUGAUUAGUGAGAGUACCAUUGAAGAGAAUAUUUUGAAGAAGGCAAAUCAGAAGCGUGCUCUUGAUAAUCUUGUUAUUCAAAGUGGUAGUUACAACACUGAAUUCUUCCAGAAGCUUGAUCCUAUGGAGUUGUUCUCUGGUCACAGGUCUCUUGCCAUUAAAAAUAUGCAGAAAGAAAAAAAUCAUACCAUCAGUUCGAAUGAAGUUUCUGUAUCUAAUGCGGAUGUGGACGCUGCUUUAAAGUUUGUUGAAGAUGAAGCUGAUUAUAUGGCUUUGAAGAAACUUGAAGAAGAAGAAGCUGUGGAUAAUCAGGAAUUUACAGAAGAGGUUAUUGGGAGGAUGGAAGAUGAUGAGUUUAUGAAUGACGAUGAAAUUAAGCUUGAUGAAGGUGGAGAUCAAGCUGGUGGCAUUACUAUGUCAAAUAAAGAUAAUGAGGCAAUAAUACGUGGAGGUAAUGAUCUUAAUGAAGAGAAGGCUGUAAUUGUAGCUAACAAAGAAGAUGAUGUUGACAUGCUGGCAGACGUCAAGCAAAUGGCUGCUGUAGCUGCUGCAACUGGACAAACCAUCUCGUCCAUUGAUGAUCAGCUACGGCCAAUAGAUCGGUAUGCAAUACGUUUUCUGGAACUGUGGGACCCUUUACGUGAUAAAGCAGCUAUGGACUCUGAUGUCCAGUUUGAGGAGACAGAAUGGGAACUCGACCGUCUUGAGAAGUAUAAAGAGGAGAUGGAAGCCGAGAUUGAUGAAGAUGAAGAGCCUCUUGUAUAUGAAAGUUGGGAUGCUGAUUUUGCAACUGAAGCAUAUAGACAGCAAGUCGAGGUCUUGGCACACCAUCAGUUGAUGGAGGAUUUGGAAUAUGAAGCUAAGCGGAAAGAAGAAGAAGAGGCUGAAAAUUGUGAUCCUACAAGGAAUGCAACACCUAGUGAACUAAAACCGAAGUCUAAAAAGAAAUCAAAGAAAGCCAAGUUCAAAUCUCUAAAGAAGGGUUCUCUUUCUUCUGAGCUGAAAUCAGUGAAAAAAGAAAUGUCCGUGGAAUUCAUGUCUACAGAUGAUGAAGAUUUAUGUAGUGAAGAUGUUCUUGAAUCUUUAUCAGCUCAGUCAAGCUUACAGAAAAAACGUAAAAGGGGUGAGUUUAGUCUGGACAGUGAGACAGGAAAGUCCCUGAAGAAGAAAUCUAAAAAGUUCAAGAAAAAUAUUGCGGAUGCUUUCCCACUAGAUCUCCAUCUCAGUGAGUCAGGAGUGCAAUAUGAUGAAGCUAUAGAAAUAAAACCACGGGAGACUGGUGCGGAUCUCGAACAUAAAUUAGUUGGUCGUAGUAGAAUGGGAGGAAAAAUAUCUAUUACUUCCAUGCCAGUAAAGCGAUUUCUAAUGAUAAAACCAGAGAAAAUAAAGAAGGGGAACAUUUGGUCAAGGGACUGUAUUCCUUCCCCUGACUUUUGGUUGCCACAAGAGGAUGCAAUAUUGUGCGCGAUGGUACAUGAAUAUGGUUCGCAUUGGAGCAUGAUUAGUUCAACCUUAUUCAGUAUGACUGCUGGUGGGUUUUAUAGAGGGAGAUACCGUCAUCCUGUCCAUUGUUGUGAGAGGUAUAGGGAACUCAUACAUAGGUAUGUUAUAUCUGCACCAGAUAAUCCAAAUAGUGAGAAGACCACAAAUGCUAGCUCUGGAAAAGCUCUUCUCAGAAUCACAGAGGAACAUAUUCGAGUACUGUUAGACGUCGCUGCUGAGCAGCCUGAUAGUGAGUACCUACUUCAGAAACAUUUCACUGCCCUUCUCUCAUCUGUGUGGAAGGCAAGAAUACGUGGGAACCGUGGUUUCGAUACUUCACUUUCUAGGAAUGGUCUCUAUUCUGGUGGAAGGUAUUUUCCAACUGGUAACCAUAUUACUCGGUAUUUGGGGAGGGAGACUACAGGGAAGUUGAAAUUUGGCAACACAAGCCACAAUUGUAAGUUAAUAGCUGCUGCACUUAAUGAUGCUGGUUGUACGAGGACGGAUGAUAAGAAGUCCCUUUCCGGGGGACGUGCAUCAGUCGCUACAGAACAGUUGGAGCUAACACUCGAGUUCGAGGGAGAGAAUGAUAUUAACGUGUCAUUCCCAUCCUCAAUUAACUUAACGGUAUCGGAUGCAGUUGACUUAUCCCCGAUCAACCUGGAUGCUGGUGAGUCUUCUGGUGCUCGAAGGCUAACAGAAGUCGCAGAGAUUCGUUUCAGGGAUGCUGCUAGAACUUGUAAUGAAGAUUUCCACGGGUGGGCUUCAUCUGUGUUCCCCAUAACCGAUCUCAAGGCUCGCUCUGUGCCAAAAUCACAGUCACUUGGAAAGCAUAAGCUGGGAGGAGUCACUGACUCUUCCAAGUCCAGUAAAUCCAAGUUCAGAAAGGCAGGACCUGACCACGGGGAGAGUUCCCAGCUGAUAGCUGACCCAGUGAUGUACCAGAUGCCAUCUCUUAUUAUCCAGGAGGACGUCCAUAACUUAUAUUCCCUCAGCUCACCAAUUCUCACAGACGAUGCAUUCCCAUUUGGCAUGGAUGAGUAUCCAUUCCUACAAGACGAACCAGGGACUCUAGAGAUUGUCCCUGACAACGACUACAUCCUGGGAUCGAUUUCAGGUUUCGACACGAUAGGCCCCGACUUCACAGAUAUUGGUUAGACUCCUCCAUGUAGCCAUUCACCUCAGCCAUUCAUUUGAAGCAAGGCCACCUCGACUACCAGAAAACAGAGUCGUUGAGGCUACUACCCAGUUAGCCAGCACGAAGCUAAUUACUUUCUGGUCAUUUUCGUUGGGGGAUUCAACAGCCAAUCUGGGUGUUCGCAUACGUUGGGCACAUUGGAAUCUAAGCAGGAGUGCUGGGAAGAACAAAAACCGAAAGGGAUUCGAGAUUGGGAAAACAAACUGUGUUAGUUAUAUAUUCAUCAUUUUGGUCUCUGGGUUGCUGCAUGUUUCCCCAAACGUUGAUGAUAAAUUGAAUUUCUGGAUAUUUUUCCUGUUUCUAUUUAGCUCUGUUAAUUCUUCAAGGCUGACAACUUCCACACA